AUGUCAGUGCAUGACCAAACUGCACGCAGCAUCAAGCUCACUUAUGAAGAAAUCGAAGAUGAACAGUUGGUUAUCGACUCGAUUGUCAACGCCACUCGGCCUUCCACAUCAACUAAACGAAUGCAUAGAGUUCCAGAAAUGUUGAUCAGAGAGACUGACGACUACAAGAAAUACUAUGUUCCAAAGGUUGUCUCCAUUGGUCCACACCAUUUUGGGGACAAGAAACUUGAGUUGGUCGAGAAACUCAAGCCUGUUUUCACAAUGAAGCUCCUUUCAGACAAUAAAGAGAGCCUAAGAAGUUUGUACAAAGAGCUUGGUGAACCGGAAAUGGUGCAAGAUUUAAGGAACUUCUAUGAUGAAAACAUGGUAGCCAAGUUUUGCAAUAAGGACUUCAUUAAGAUGAUGCUGCUGGAUUGUUGUUUUAUUUUAUAUUACAUUCAAUCAAUUUUUGGCGAGAAACCUGAAGAUUGUCUAGAUUUAAACAGCCACGUGAUUGUCUUUCUUCAUCAAGAUUUGUUCUUGUUGGAGAACCAAAUCCCUUUCAAAGUUCUAAGGGAGGUGAUGAAUUUGGCAAAUAUCGAUUGCGAAAAUAAGUUUAAACAAUUCAUCUGUGGCAAUAUAUUGGUACCUGCGAAGCCGGAAAAAAAGUGGUUACAAUCAAUACCUUGUAUUGGAAACUUACAAAGUUCUAGAGGUGAACAAAAUAUGGACUUCAAGGACGUGGAUCAUCUUCUCCAUCUUCUUCAUCGUACUCUUACUAAAAAUGCUAGAAUUCCAGGGAUGGAUUUACAUCCACAUGAUAGGUGCACUUUUCGCAAUGUUAACGAGCUUAUUGAUGUAGGGAUUCAUUUCAAGCCAAGUGGCACUAUGUCUUUGGCUAACAUUAAGUUUACUAAAGGCAGGUGGUGGUUUACCGCGAGUGUAGAACUCCCUUCAGUCACCGUGGAUGAUUCCACCAAACCUAUGUUGUUAAACUUGAUAGCCUAUGAAAUGUGCUCGCGUAAUGAGGCAUGGGUAACAUCGUACAUAUGUCUUCUUGAUUCUCUGAUUGAUCACCCUGAGGACGUUAAGGCUCUCAGAAAAGCUGGGGUGCUUGAAAACUCGUUAGGGAGUGAUAAAGAAGUCACGAAAUUGUUCAAUGAAAUAGGAACUGAUUUAGUUCCAAAUAUGUUAGCUUAUUUGGAUGCCAAGAACAUGAUACAAAAGCAUUAUCAAAGUUGGAGCAACACACUUAUUUCCCAAUUGAAGCAUGAAUAUGUCAAGAGUCCAUGGGCAUUUUUUGCACUUCUUGGUGCUUUGAUAGCUCUUUUUCUUAGUAGUGUUCAAGCUUAUUUCACUGUCUGGAGUCCCAAAGGUGAAUGUGAUGAUCUUUGCAUGUUUUUGAAGAAGUACCAUCACCUAUAA